CGCACACAAAUUCAUCGAUUCAUCGCAGACCAUGCUAGCUGUCAGUCAUUCAAGGAACCGGACCAGUUCCACUAAGAAUAGCUCCACGCUAUCUCCUCGACACUGUACUGUACGCAUGUGUGUGGCUCGGGUCAGGAGACCUACAAAUACCCACAGUCUCGAAUGUUCCCGUUUCGACACAUCUCGUCUGGAAUCCGCCAUUGACCGUAUCUUGUACUCUUCCUACCUAUGAAGCAUCCAAAUCCAGGCAUAGGAGAAUUUAUGCCCCCGGAGGCGCUCGAAACAGAGGAAAAUGGCGACGAAUCGCGCUUGCUCAAUGAUGCCCACGCUGCAGCUUUCUCCUCCGCCUCGCUGCCAUCCAAGCAGCAAAAGAUCGACGACUCAGAGGAUCAAGCCUCGAAAGCUUCUGACGCGUUCAUGAAGCUCCAGACCUUCUAUGACACUAACACCGCUGCUAUCCAAGAAGCGUCGCAAGGGCUCGCGGCCGCCGCGAACCUUGACAUCCAUUCUGUAGAAGCGUCCAUCACCAGGUUCGCAGAGACUUCGACGGUGAUCAUGAGCGGCUUGGAUGCUUUGGGAGCGGUGCACCCCUUCAUUGGAGUCGCUGUCAUCGUAUUUAAGGCCGUUAUCUCGCUCGAUCUCACCCGCAGACAGAACAACAAGAAAGUGCUAGCCAUGAAGCUGCAGAUGCAGGACGUUAUGCUGAUUCUUUUCGAACUACGCUCCGUUCGCGAUCCAGAGCACAAGGCACCGGACGGAACCAAACUCAAAGACCAAUUCUCUGAGAUUCUCAAGUCGAUUGCGCGUGACAUAACAGAAUGCGGAAAUGUGUGCGAUGUUUAUCUCAAGGAGAACUUCUUCAGUAAAACGAUCCACUCCAAGGGCUACGAAGAGAAAUUUGCGGCCUACGUCGCGUCAUUCGAGGAGCACAAGAAGAACAUUGUCUUGAGAAUGCAAAUGCACGUUACUCUCUCUCAAGAUAUUGUCAAGCGGCACGUGGAGAAUCAAUCCACCCAGCUGGAUAGGAUCGAGUCGCUCAUCAAAGAAUUAUUUCGCAAAUUUGGGACAGCUGAGGAGAAUGCAGCGCGGAAAAUUUUGGAGAGGGGAAGUAUCGAGGCCAGCCUCGACGACGAUGCGACUUUGCACCAAUUGGUCUUGUUGAGCGGAGACUCGACUUGGAAGAGCAAAGAUAUCAGUGAAACACGGGACUUGCUGAAGAAAAUGCUGGCAGAUGAUAUCCAGGAGGCUUUCCGGAAGAACGAGCGCUUGUUUGAGGGAAAGAUGGAGUUGCAAAGCCAGCAGUUGGAGGCUGCUAUCAUAGCCAGCGAAGAGAGGAUCGUGAACUUGUUACAAGCAGGAGCCCAUGAUGAUGUAUUGGAUCCCGACCUACAAGCGCUCUGGAAAAGGCAACGGUGGAACAGCAGCGUCGAAGGACGCACGUUUGUUCUGGGGAUCUAUGACUAUUAUUCCGAGCAGCAAGAUUCAAGAGCUACAGCAAGUCAGACGCCCACCAUCGCUGACAUACCUCUCCUCGGAAUGGCUCAUACUGGUAGAGAUGAUACAUGGGCGCUUAAGCUAAUCUCAAAUGUCAGCCUCAUUCAGCCUAUUCUCGAAACAGUAGAUGACGACGGCACUGGCUUCGUUACUAUCAAAGAGGCAAACGAGUUUGCCCGCUCGCGGCCGCAGGAGUGCAGUUUACUGGCAUGGAUCGCUUACUGGGCUGCGGGCUGGCAUGGCUCCAUAACCUCGUACAAGAAUCGAAUCUACACGUUGCUUCAGGCAAUGUAUGGACUCGCAUUCAGGUCGCAAAGACAUGUGUUGGGAGCCAACAUUCAACAGGUCGACAGAUACCUCGCCUCCGUCCCUUUACGGAAGAUUGAGCUGCUCUUACGAUCGACUCGGUCGGCGCGCCCUGUUUGGGACAAGCAUCUAAACAAACUGAGGAUGGAGAUCGAAGAAAGUGAAACCGAACGGAUCAAGAUUCACCUGGACCGAUCGCGAUACAAGUUGAGCCCUCGUUCGAUAAAACUGGUCACUGGAAGUAAGCGGAUCGAAAGAUUCAUCUACCCGCUACUGUUUGAGGUUCUUCAGCGACACUUGGACCGCCUGCGGCUGGCUUGUGUUCGUGUUCUCGACAACAAAGAGUGUGGCGAGAUGUUGGAUGCACUGAUCGACAUCUUGAAACCGGUGCAUGAUAGAGUGACCAGCUUGGAAGCGGUCUUUUCGUCCUCGACGACGAAUCUCAGUGAACGAUUCGGCAGCUUCUCAUUCGGAAUGUUCCAGGCUUGGUACGAAAAUAAAAAUCAAGUUGACGUAUCCCAAGACACCAUCCGAAAAUACUCGGGGCAGCACGAGUAUCCAAGCAGACACUGGGAAAAGUUGGAUGAUGACAUCUAUUCCUCAGAUGUUUACAAGCGAUUGGACGACAGCCGAGCGGAAAUAUUGCGAUAUCCCACUUUGGAUGCUAGCAAGUAUAAUUACGAUCCAAGCCAUGCUCGAUUUCCCCACGAAGGCAGGGGCAACCGUCAUAAACUCGCUGGCCAGUGGACGGGUCACUUUGGAAACCAUCGGAGCGACUGCUAUUUCACCUCUCUCGCGCUGUCCGUGCACGACGACCGCACGAUCUCGGGCACAGCGCUGGACCUGAACGAGAAAACAGAGUUCGUAGGCUCUUUUGAGCCAGGAAACCAAUUUUACUUGCGCGUGGCACACGAACUCAAGUCGUAUGUGGGAUACUACGAUCCUGUCUCAGACACCAUCUCACUCAAGUUCGAUGCGUACACGGCCGCUGCUUUCUACAGAACAGCGCCUGAAUCGUACCGCUUCCGCCCGUCUGCUUCUGCCUCUACAGCUGGUCUGGCUCUUGCUCGGUGGCGCUUUGCUAUCAGCGCAGUCUUAGACCAAGUCCAACGUAAGAAUCUUUCGGAAAGCUGGCUCAAAGCACGUGGUGAUGAGCGCCGACGGUUCAUCGAACUGACCAUACGCGAGGACGCGGACACGAUGCAUGUCGGGACACCCUGGCCCUUGCUCACACGUGACGAGCAGGCCGAGCUUUCGCAUCUCAAAGCCAUCCUGACGCCGGAGGACGCCCGUUUCUAUCUUCAGGUGGCCGAUUCUGAACGGAGCAAAUUUGUCAAGCACGAUCGGCGGUGUGACGUUUGCCGUUGCCCUAUCUUGGUCGUGCGCGUGUUCUGUGUCCAGUGCAUGAACGAGAGCUACACCGAAUGCGUCAACCUGUGUGGACAAGACAUGCACAAGCCCGUCGCCUGGAAGAAGGAUGUCACCCACUUGCCCUCCCAUGCACUGGUGAAGACAACUGUCCGACUGCACAAUCCAAACCUGGCGUGGAUUGUUCGUCAGGCCAGAAUGGUUGCUGAGCAAGCCAAAACGUUUUUCAAGGACCCGGCAUAUGCAGCUUCCAGCUACUUGGCGUCGUGCAACUUGUGCUAUAAGCCGGUAUCCCUGCCCGUAUGGGCUUGCACCGUCUGUUCCAACGAAUCGCGCCUGAUCUACAUAUGCGACGAAUGCCACGAGACGAAACAACAACCCAGGUCUCAUGAACGCCAGCAUUUACUGACACACCCACUAGUUUAUGUCCAUGACUUCGAGCCUCUGAUGAUCGGCAUGAGCAACGAAGAGAUCCGCAUCUUAGGACUGGAGCAACGGAUGUCCAAGUAUCAGGAGAACACGUUAAGGAUCGAGCAACGUUCGGAGGAGAGCGCGACGAGGAUGCAGGACAAGUUGGUUCAGAUGGAAGCAAAAAUGGACAGGAUGAUGCAGUUGCUAAUUGACGCAUCUUCUCGUACAUCUUGA